AUGGUCAUGCACGCCGCCGCAAUCACCACCACGCUUCUUCUGCCCGUCGCCCUCCUCUUCGUCUCCGCCGUGAUCAUGUCCGGCGCUUCGGCUUCGUCACCGUCGUCACUGCGGUUCCACUACAUCGACCCUCGCAACUUCACCAUGGCUGCGCCCACGUCACCGUCCCCCUCCUCGUUGUCGCGCCGCGAUGGCCGCCCCUCGCUUGCACUGCUGCACCGCGACGCCGUUUCCGGCAGGACGUACCCGUCCACGCGGCACGCCAUGCUUGGUCUCGCGGCAAGGGACGGCGCGCGGGCACAGUACCUCCAGCGCCGCCUCUCGCCGACGACGAUGACCACGGAGGUGGGGUCGGAGGUGGUGUCGGGCAUCUCCGAGGGCAGCGGCGAGUACUUCGUGCGCGUCGGCGUGGGGUCGCCGCCCACGGAGCAGUACCUCGUCGUGGACUCCGGGAGCGACGUCAUCUGGGUACAGUGCCGCCCCUGCGCCGAGUGCUACCAGCAGGCCGACCCACUCUUCGAUCCGGCAGGGUCGGCGUCUUUUGCCGCCGUGCCGUGCGGCUCCGGCGUCUGCAGGACGCUACCCGGAGGAUCCUCCGACUGCGCCGACUCCGGAGCGUGCCGGUACCAGGUGUCGUACGGGGACGGGUCGUACACCCAGGGCGUGCUCGCGAUGGAGACGCUCACGUUCGGGGACAGCACGCCGGUGCAGGGCGUCGCAAUCGGCUGCGGCCACCGCAACCGCGGCCUCUUCGUCGGGGCGGCCGGCCUGCUCGGCCUCGGCUGGGGCCCCAUGUCGCUCGUCGGGCAGCUGGGCGGCGCUGCCGGCGGCGCGUUCAGCUACUGCCUCGCCAGCCGCGGCGCCGACGCCGGCGCCGGGUCGCUCGUGUUCGGCCGGGACGACGCCAUGCCGGUGGGCGCCGUGUGGGUGCCUCUGCUGCGCAACGCGCAGGAGCCGAGCUUCUACUACGUGGGCCUGACGGGGCUCGGCGUCGGCGGCGAGAGGCUCCCGCUACAGGACGGGCUCUUCGACCUCACCGAGGACGGCGGCGGCGGCGUGGUGUUGGACACCGGCACGGCCGUGACGCGGCUCCCGCCGGACGCCUACGCCGCGCUGCGCGACGCGUUCGCGGACGCCGUUGGCGGCGGCCUCCCGCGCGCGCCGGGCGUGUCGCUGCUGGACACGUGUUACGACCUGAGCGGAUACGCGAGCGUGCGCGUGCCGACGGUGGCCCUCUACUUCGGGCGGGACGGCGCGGCGUUGACGCUGCCGGCGAGGAACCUGCUGGUGGAGAUGGGCGGCGGCGUGUACUGCCUGGCGUUCGCGGCGUCGGCGUCGGGGCUGUCCAUCCUCGGCAACAUACAGCAGCCAGGGAUCCAGAUCACCGUCGACUCCGCCACUGGUUACGUCGGCUUCGGACCAACUACGUGCUAG